CUUCUCUCUCCCUCUCCUUCAAUCUCAAAGUCUCUGCAACUACUCCCCUCAAUUCAUCAUUUAACCCCAUCUAAAAAAAAAACACCCGGAAUUCUCUCCCUCAAAAUUCAGCAACCCCAUAUCCUUCAGGCUUCAGCUACAAAACCCUCCAAGAUUUUGUGACCCUUUUCAGCCCUGAACAAACAACCAUCCCACAAGCACAGAACACUUGCACCAGCAAGAAACAAGAAAAGGUAGGGGCUGUCAAGAACAAAGAAAAAGAACAAACAGUUCUUUUUCUUUUUCUUUUUCUUUUCUUGUAGGGUUUGUUUGGCCGGCUGCUUGUUGAAUCAAAGAUGGAGCUGUUCCCAGCACAACCAGACUUAUCCCUACAAAUCAGCCCACCAAACAGCAAACCCUCCUCAGGUUGGAGGAGAACAACUGAAGAUAUGAUAGAUUUGGGGUUUUGUAAAAGAGCUUUGGACUCAAGAAACUCCUCUAUAUCAUCAUCAAUGGCUGCAAAACCUGAUACUAGUAACUUUUUUGAACUUUCUUUAUCAAACAAUCAAAGGAUGAUUUCUGUUUCUGAUCACCAUCAUCAGCCAAGCUCCAACAAUAGCCAUUAUAACCUCAUCCAGAAUAGUAGCUCUACUAGUACCACAAACAAUAAUCUUAUUCACUCUUUUCAGCAAAGCCAGCAGUUUCCUCUCCACCAUCAGCACCAACUUCACCAUCACCACCUCCUCCAACAUCAACAGCAUCAAGUAGGAGGAGGAGGAGGGGGGUUAAACCACCCCGAAUUCGGGUUUUUGCGACCAAUAAGAGGAAUCCCAGUCUACCAAAACCCUCCUCCUUUUCCAUUAUUUAAUCCAAUAUUACAGUCUUUAGAUGCUAGUACCACUAGUUGUGGAAUUCCUUCUCCUACUUCUACUACGACUAGUUCCUCCAAUCCCACCUGCUUCCAGUCCCAAGGCGGAUGCGGUGGUGGCGGCCUAAUGCGGUCGAGGUUUUCAUCGAGAUUUCCAGCUAAACGGAGCAUGAGAGCUCCUAGGAUGCGGUGGACAACCACCCUCCACGCUCGUUUUGUUCAUGCUGUAGAGCUCUUGGGUGGCCAUGAAAGAGCUACGCCCAAGUCAGUUCUUGAGCUAAUGGAUGUGAAAGAUCUCACUUUGGCACAUGUUAAAUCACAUUUACAGAUGUAUCGAACGGUGAAGACAACUGAUAGAGCAGCACCUUCUUCUGGACAAUCAGAUAUCUAUGAGAACGGGUCAUCUGGGGAUAAUUCUGAGGACUUAAUGUUUGAAGUUCAGAACUCAAGAAAACCUGAAUUAUCGGUGCAACAAGGAAGGCAAAAUAUACAGCAAGACAAAGACUUGCAUGGUCUUUGGAGUAAUUCCUCAAGCAGGGAAGCUUGGCUGCAUGGCAAAAUGAGGGAUUCUUUAGGCAACAUACCAUCUCUUGAGAAGGACAUCGAACCAAAGUGCUCAAGCUAUGACAGAUUAUCAGAUGUGAGCUCAUCAAGCUUAUCAGAGUCAAGCCCCAAGAAACCCAAUCUGGAGUUCACCUUGGGCAGGCCACACUGAUCAAGAUCUCUGCGUGGAUAGUACUACUCAUUUUGAAAUGAUUAUUGCUUCUGAAAGAGGGAAGCUGGUGAGGUUGAAGAGAUUCGGGUGCCCACUCAGAAAAUCAGCAGUGAGAAAAGAAAGUUUGUAGUAGAAAAGAAAAGGAGAAGAAAGUAAAGGAAAAAAGAGGCCUAA